AUAACAAUUCACAUCAUUUAGAACGAAAUUUCUGCAAUAUCUUCGAUAUCAUGUUCGGACCUAUGGGACUAUUUCGAUCACCUUACAUGCGAAAAAAGUUUUAUCGCGAGCAUUACAGUUUUGUCUCUUCAAUACCUAUUGCACUUCAAAAAGACAAUGAACAUAAAGACGCUUUCUACUACUAUGUACCAAUAUUGGAAACACUGACCGCGAUGGUCAAUGAUCCAACAAUUUACAACGCUGUAUUUCGGAAAAAACUCAAAGUGUCCGGUUACCUGACAGAUUUCGACGACGGUACCAAGUUUAAAACCAGUUCAUUUUUCUCCGAUAAGACAUUAAAUCUUUUUUUAUAUCAAGAUGCUGCUGAGAUGGUUGUUAAUGCUAUUGGCAACGCCACUGGCCGAUAUAAAUUAUUAUGCGUUUACAUGAUAAUUGGAAACAUUGAUUCACAUUUACGAUGUAAAACCGAAAAUGUGCAACUAAUACUUCUUUGCAAAAAUAAGGAUUUUUCUUAUUUCGGUUCGAAUUGCAUAUUUCGACGACUCGUUGAAGAUAUUAAAAUACUGGAAGAAAACGGGAUUGUUGUACAUGGUGGUGGAUUUCCUGAAACUAUACGAGGUUCAAUAUUUACUACAAUGAAUGAUAACUUGGGAGCACAUCAAAUAGGAGGUCUUGUAGAGAAUUUUUCAACAAGCUCUCACUUCUGUAGAACUUGUUAUAUUGAUCACAAGUUGUUUAAAAUUGAUAGCUUGAAUAAGGCAGAAAUUAGGAAUCCUGAAACGCAUAAACAUGACAUUCAGAUGAUCACAAACAAUGCAAGUUGUAUACCUUUCCGAGGAAUAAAAUCAGAAUGUAUAUUUGAUGAAUUGCAACACUUCAAAAUGUUUGAUCUAGGAGCCGCUCCGUGUAUAGCUCACGACUUAUUUGAAGGAUGGAUUAACAAUGAUCUAUUUUUAAUACUGAAACGCAUCUGCAAAGAGAAACAUAUAUCUCCUUUGUACAUUCAAGGUAGAAUGAACGAAGUUUGUCAUAAAUUGAAACUGGACACGAAAAUUGCCAUUGACUUUACUAGAAAAUCCAGAAACAUAAAAGCAAAGGCUUGUGAUAUCUGGCACAUUGUUCAAAUUUUUCCAUUUUUGUUUAUAAAUAAAUCAAUUGAUUAUAACGACCCGAUAAUACAUAUGCUGUUGCUGAUUAAAAACAUCACAGACAUUAUCACUACACCAGUUGUAUCUCAAAAUCAAAUUCACCUGCUACGAUCACUAAUAACGGAAUACAUUGAACUUCGAACUCAUCACUUUGAUACUCCACUUAGACCUAAACAUCAUUUCACCACCCACUAUCCUUGGAUCAUAUCGAGACUUGGACCUCUUAUGUCCUUCUGCACUUUAUUUUGUGAAAGAAAACAUUGUUUUUUUAAGCGAGCUCUACGAAGCACUCUUAAUUUCAAAAACGUCGUGAAGUUCUGUGCGGAGCAACAUCAGUUUUACCAAGCUCUACUAACACAAGAAAAUGCUCGUUUUGAAAGGCAUUUUUUGGUAUCAAAGUUUGUAGAAACGUAUAAAGACCUCCCUGAGGUAAUGCAAUCGGAAUUACGGAAAUUUUGCCUCCUAGACCUAGAGUCACUCUAUGCCGAAAAAGCAUCAUAUUGUGGACACGAUUAUGAGAAAAAUGAUUUCAUAUUCCUCGAACAUGAUGAGUAUGGUGAAAAAUUCUAUGUGGUUCAAAUUCAGCUGUUGAUUUUCAACAAAUACACUGAACAAGUUUUUGUUUUUGGACUAAAACAUUCCGUUCUCCAAUCUCCCGACAAAGGAACUCUGGAAAUCAAUUUAAAUCCACUGCUAGUUGUUGCUAAAAAUAUUAAGGAUUUUGUCGACCGAACUCCUUUGAAAUCGUUUCUUGAAAAUAAAAGGCUUUAUUUAUUCAUUCAGCAUGCGAUUCCUUUGGUUUGAGCACCUGAUAUUAAAAACUUCAAAAAAAAAUACAGAAUGGCGACCAAUAUUAAAAUUUACAAAAUAUGCGACGCGUCUCGGUUCAACAGAAUGGCCCUACCGGCUCUUUCCAGCGUCUCCAGUUUAUUAGAACAAGCAUCAAUUACAUUAGGCAAACAUUUUGAAACUAUAUACAUAGAAGCUGAUGGAUGUAAAAUCAUCUCUGACUUAGCAUUAGCCGCCUUCGAAACUCAGCUGUUAAUGGUAACUGAGGAAGAUGAAGCUUGGAUACCAAACUUUCAGCCACAAACGAAACAACAAUCAGCUUUAGAAAUUUCAGGAUCAGUUUUCAUGGGCUCAUCCCAAGAUCAAUCAGGUUUGCCUGAGGAAGAAAUACCCUUAAUCGCUUCUGUCACGUCGAAUACUGGAAUGACACAAGCAGAAAAUAUAAUGGACGAUGCCGAGAUGAUCACCGUAGAAUUCACAGAAGAUAAAUUUCAAGUUGCUGUACAGAACAAAUCAAAUUCAAAUGUUGAUAGUGAGGAGGACACUUCUGAUAGUAUUGAAGAUUUCUCAUCAAAUAUAAUCGAGCGAACUGUUGAUGCGACGGAGCAGCAUGUGCUGGUGACUGGAAAUGUACCAACAGCAGUGAGAGCAGAGUUUUUUCGACCUUGUGAUCAACGCUAUGAAAAUUUAACCAGACAGAUUUGCAGGGCCAGUAACGAUAUAGAAAAUCAAUCUCCAAAUUCCAACAAAAAAUGUAACUCUUCGGAUGGUGUACAUCUUCAGAAAAGUGGUAAAAAACACGCUUCAACAGAGAUGAAAUUUCGGUGUUUUAAUAUUAAUUGGAACAAAAUCAGUGACCGACUUUUAGAUCGUUUACGAUCUUUGCAAGAAUUUAAAAUAAAUAAUCCAGGUAUAUUCAUUCCCGCAUCCAUCCGUGUUACCAAGACUGAUUUGACCGCAUUAACGAAUGCUGUGGUUGACCAGCUCCGUAUGAUAGACUCAAUGAUCCGAGCUGAGACUAUGGAAACUGUGUCACGUCAAAUUUUUGAAAAAUUCCCGGCUUUAGAUUACACGGAUGAUGAUGGUUUUGGAGCCGGACAAGGUUACGUUGAGUUAAAAUACAAAAUGAUCAAUCGCAAUAAUUAUUUAAAUCGAUUUAAAAGCUGUCGGGCAUCAAUUUCGGAUAUCGUAAUGAAUUUGAAGAAAAAGCGAAAUUCUCGAGCAGGAACACGCAAGGAAUAUUGGGAGAAAACAUCCAAUAUAUGUGAAAAGCAUAUUCUGUCGAAGUUAUCCCGAGAUGAGCCAAAUUUAAUGACGAACGAUUUUCUACUACAAUCACAGGCUUACGUAAGAUACAAAUUGGACGAGAAAGUCGAGACAAUUGUAAUGCUAUCACAGCUUCCCGUUCUUCGACGUAGGAUGUUACUCAAUUUUCAUUUCGAAAAGGCAACUGGAGUUAACGUUAAUGAUUUCCGGAGGUAUUUUUUGAUGAAAAAAGAAAAAAUCAUCCAAUACUCACUUGUUAAAAAUAAGAAUUCGCAUUUGAGUGAAAAAUCGUCCGAUUAUGACAUUCUUCAGUUUUUAUGCUCGCUUGUAGGAGAGAGUUUCAGCGAAAUAAUCAUCCACAAAGAAAUUGGCAGCCGUAUUGAUGAUAUCAUCGUAGAUAAUCCUGGACCGGUACUGGCAGCUGUUGAUGUUGGAUAUGACAAAACAAUGUUUUAUUGCUAUGCAAAUGAUGUGCGUCUUUCAGAGGGAGCGGAGGAUAUACUAACAGGAAUGGAGGAUCUUUUUACCAUCUAUUUUGUUCAUAAUUUUAUGUAUGCUAAAUCUGUUUCCAAAUUUUUGGAGCUACUACAGGAAUAUUUUUUUAAAAUAAUUACUUUCGUUGCAUCAAAGUCUACUGCAAGUCGAAUAGGUCAAAGACAGAGAAGAGUGAGAAAAGUUAUUGCAGAUAUAUCUAAUUUCGAUGUAGCCUUUGAAGAAGCUAUUGAAUAAUGUAAUGUCAUUUAUUAUUCCCUGAGAACAAAAGCAAUUAAAGUCCAUUAAUUUUUCUGUAUUUG